CAGUGGAAAUGGGGGUGUUUCAUCUGGAGAUUACUGCCUACCAGAUGGCCUUGCAGGCCUUCUGAAGGACACUCAUGGGACCAUAUGGGAUGGAUCGAACUGUGCAUUGCUUUGAAUUCUAUGACUGUGCCAAUGGACUGGGAAUCAAGGUGAUCGGCGGCAUCAAGGAGCUCACUGGAGAAGAAUAUGGAGUUUAUGUCAAGAGGAUCCUGCCAGGUGGUGUUGCUUAUGCUGAUGGGCGCCUGCAGCCAGGAGACCAGAUCCUGGAGGUCAAUGGAGAUUCUCUAAUUGGGGUUACCAGUGAGAGGGCUGUGGACAUCCUGAGGACAGCAUCAGCCACCAGCCACAUGCGCCUUCUGAUAGCCCGCGAUGAUGAUGCCAGGAGGGAGUUCUCAGAGCUGCUGGAGAAGUUUGGCUCCCAGAGUAACACUGGCUCUGCACGGAGCUCACCAGUCCUCCAUGGUGGCAGUCGAUACCUGGAAAGCACAUCCUCAGGCUCCUCCUCGCGCUCCCAGAGCCCGCUGCUGCUGAGCCCAGCCAGCUCCCACGGCCCCUUCAUCGGCAACCCGGCGCAUGCACCCCACGCACACUACUCCAUUGAAUCAGGAAUCCAGAGCAUUUCCAUAGCAAAGUCCUCUGGCUUAGGGCUGACGGUCAGCGGUGGAGCCAACAGGCCUGAUGGUCCCAUGGUUUAUGUCCAAGAACUUACACCAGAUGGUGACUGCUAUAAGGAUGGUCGGCUCCGACCCGGUGACCAACUCAUUGCUAUCAACAGAGAUUCUUUGGUGGGCAGCACACUGGAAGAGGCCAGAAAAAUUAUUGCAAAAGCCAAAUUCAGACAUGAGGGAAACACAGAAGUGGCCUUUAUUCCUGGAAGGGGACGGUUACAUCCCGGGCUGUCAGCUCAUAACAGCAUCCCAUCGCCACCACCGAAGGCUGUGGGAAAUGGGCUGAGCUCCUGCAGACUGAAGGUCCACGUGAGGUCCCCAGAGAGCAGACACGAAAAUCAUUUUCCUGUGCCUUCUUUGUCACCAGAUAUCUGCCCACCAGAGCUCACUGUCUCAGCACCCUGCUCAGCCCCCAGCCUGAGAGCAGCCACGGGCUCCAAACCCAAAGUAGCACUGGAUCCCCACAUUCGCCUCAAGGAUGGCAAGCUGGAGCUGGUUCUGCAGUACCUCGGCCUGGAGGUGACCGAGGAGAAGAAGAGGCAGCUGAGGCAGAGCCUGACCACGGACUCGCAGGGGACAGUGGCCUAUGGAGAUCUCCUCCAAGCGCUCAGGGAUGUGAUGCAGGACGAGCUGGAUGAGGCUGGCCUGGAUUCCAGCUCUGUGCUCUUCACACAGCAUGAGGUGGCCAGCCUGCUGGAUACAUCAGCGUUCCACUCCCCGACCCUUGACUCGCUCAGCUGUAAUGGCAGUGAGGAGAUGGAGCAGCUGCAGCUGGAGAUGACCGACCUGCGGCAAGAAGUCCGAAGGCUGAAGUCUCUCCUGAAAGAGGUGGAGAACAGUAAGAAGUCAAUGGAAGAUGAGCUCCAGAGGCUGAAUCAGAAAGCCCUGGGCUUCCUUUCGGAGAACCGGACACUGCACAGCAAGCUGCAGAUGGCCGAGGUGGUGCAGAGACAGGCGCACAGUGCAGAGCAGGACUAUGAGGAAGUGAUCCACUUGCUGGAAGCUGAAAUUGCAGAACUGAAGAUGCAGCUGGCAGGGAAGAAAACAAAACACGUCUCUGAGAUAGAGGAGGACAUCCUGGAGCUGAAAAGACAGCUGUCCCUGGCUGAUGGCCAGUUACGGAAAUCCGAAGUCUCACGGAAGCGCCUGGAGAUCUGCAAUAGGAAACUGCUCCUGUUUGUGCAGAACGUUCACAAGGUCCUGAGCACGUCCAGUCACUUACAGGAUGAGAAAAGCUUCGCCGUGUGACAGGGACCAGUGCCUGCCUGCUGAAGGGCUCCCAAACUACAAGGACCAUCUCCAUCAGAAGACCACGUGGCCUCCUCCUCCCAGCCAGAACAAGGCUGACCAGCCGCAGUCACCGAGCCCAACCAAGGAGCUGCCUGCAAAGCCAACAUAAACCUCCCAUAAGCAGCUCGUGCUCAGAACUGCGACCGCUCGUAACGCAGCUGCUGUGCUGGGAGAUGGCAAGGACACACAGCAGGAGCUUCAGCUUCCAGGCAGCCCAGAGAGAGAAAUAAGCUUUCUAAAGUGAGACUGAUUCCUCCUGACUGCUACCCAAGACUUUUUCAGCAACCUCCCCUGCGCGUCUACCUCUGAGCUAUCGUACAAGGCUAUCUGCUCUUGGUUUUGCAGCUUUAUAGGAAAACUAUUCUCAAGAGGUUACACAAGCCUGGAUUUCACUGGCAGCCUUUUAGAGCUUGGAUCCUGGGUAGUAAGAGGAGCACGGACUUAUUCAAGGGACUCAGAUUCCUUUUGGUAUUUCAUAUGAAAAACCAAAGCACAUUUAGCAGCUGUCAUCAAUGCAGCUUAAUGCGUAGCGUGCUAGCUGUCUUGGGAUAGGUACUUCUCUUUUUAUUCUUUUUGUAUAGCUUCUCUCAGCUGCGAUGCUUGAAACAGAAGCAGCAUCCCAGCAAGCUGCUGGGGUUGCCUGCGUGCAACUGGUGCCCGCGUGCUGCUGAGCACUGAGUGCUCUCUGCAGAGCCCAGACGUAGCAAACACACCUCAAUAACAGCCUGCAGAAUCACCUGGGAGCUAGAUCUGCGUGAUGCAAGCUUGUAUGUGGUUAGCAAUGGACAUGGUAGAGGUCUGGGGUGAAUGCUGGCAAAUAGAAUGAACGCACUGCUUAGCAGGUGCUGGCUUUCUGAGCUGGGUUAUGCUUGCAGUCGCUGUGCCCUGAGUCUCUGGGACAAAUAUUUUGCUCCACUCCAUUUUAACUCCCUUAUUUUGGCAGCUCACAGCUACAUACAGGAGUGGCAGGCAAAUGGGAUGCAUUCUAGCUGUUACACCGAGUUACGGUUACUUUAGCUUUCCUUUGUGUGGGUUCAGGGCAUCCUUUAUAGCUUACAGUACAUGCCUAGGAAAAAUCAUGAUGAUAACGAAUACCUACUGUACUCACAGACAUCACUGCACUGCUAAAAACAACGAACCGUGUGCUGGAAUUUCUCAGAUAAAUAACCAGUCUGAAAUUUCAAUUGAAUUUACUUUCAUAGCUUGUGACUUUUUUGAACACAACUCUCAGAAUGUAAAUUAAAAGA